GGCAGAUGAAGAUGAUCAUCGCAGACUCAUGCAGCACUUUGCAGAGGCAGCCAGGACUUUUCAGAAGGAGAAUGAAGGGAAUGCCAGAGCCUUUGUUGCUUGGUCGGCAGCAAUGCUACGGAAUAUGGGGACCUGGGCCAUUCAGUUCUUUGCAGCUGCUGUGGAAGGCCUGCGCAGUUCCAUGGGAGGUGAUAACCUUUGGAUCGCCAUGUCCUUCAACGUUCUUCUUCUGCUGCUGGCUCGCCUUAUCGUGCGCCGGGACGACGCGGCGCAGGGCAGUGGAUAUCCCCAGAUGAAAGCCAUGUUUUUCGGAAACACCAUGCUCAGUGAUCACGUACUGGAGAAGAACGCCAGCCUUGAGAAGGUGAAAUUCCUCUCGGCGGAAACCUUGAGUUGUAAAGCGUUGGGAUUGGCCCUGGUGGUGGCGGCAGGAAUGCCCAUCGGACAGGAAGGUCCCAAUGUACACAUGGCAGCGUGCAUCUCGAGACAUCUUCGGCCGAAAUUCUUUGAGAAGAACUUGCCACCAGGUCGCAACGAAUGUUCUGCGGCGCGCAGCGAAACGGUGGUGCAGAUCCUCCACGCGGCCUGCGCGGCCGGGGUGGCGGCCACCUUCAGUUCCCUGCUGGGCGGAGUGCUGCUGUCCUUGGAUGCUCGAGACGCGCUGGGUUUCGCGAGCUCCCGAUGUUCGAUGGGGAGAUUUCGAUGGGGAGAUUUUCCAAGAUUUUCCUCCGAUGUUUUGGGUGUUUUGGGGGGAUCAAAUAGGGGUGAAAAUGGGAAAACAUGUCACAAGUUGCAUCUCCAGGAACUGAUGUUGCCGCAGAUCUACACCUUCCAAGUCUACUGGGGCUGCUUUUUAGCCGCUGUUUGUGGAGCAGUGACCACCAUUGUGAUCAACAGCAGUUGCCCAACACUACCACAUUUGUUGACUUCGGACGUACUACCGUUGGAAGGUGUUCCGCGGCAUCAUCCGUUGCUCUGCUGUGCAGGAUACAUGCUGAUUGGUGUGGUCUUCGGGGUUCUGGGUGGAUUGUUCAACUUGGCUCACGAUCAAGUGAUCCGCUGCUGCAGAUCGCAGCCUGUCUUGUUGAAUACUCUCUUCAGCAAGGAGUUUUUCCAAGGUAACGAGGUCAACAGUAGCGAGGUCCACAUGCUGCUGCUAGCGCUGCUGGUGAAAGCCAUCACGACCUUGUUCGCCUCUUGGCGUGGUUUCAGGGCCCUGUCCAUGCCGACACCAACGGGGGUGGUGGCACCAGCUUUGGUUUUGGGAGCCCUCUUGAUGCGUUGCUUCACAUCUUUGGUGCCAGAGAGGUGCUUUGUUCCAUUCUUGGGGACAGAUUCACCAAGCGAAUUGGACGCCUUCGAAGCUCGCCUGGCGAUUCUGGGAGCAUCGGCCUUCGGCUGCGGAGUGGUGCGAGCCUAUGGCAUUGCCAUCACCGUCUUUGAGGUUCUGUCGUUGAAUGAGAUGGUGGUACCUUUGAGCCUCAGCAGUUUGACAGCUGUGGUGGUGGCGGACUUCAUCUCCCUACCCUUCUUUGAUACCGCCCUGGUUCGAAGAGGUUGGCACGGCGUCAGCAAGCUCACCUGCACUGAUCAUGGCGAGGAACCAGCGUUCAUGGUGAUGCAGCCCUACUCAGAUUUCCCGAGCGUGCCGGAACUUGCCAGGCUGGAGGACCUUGACGAUGCGCUCAACGCGCAGCCCCCACAGUUGAACUUCCCGGUGGUUGGAACGGAUGACUUCCUGCUGCAGCACCACCCGCACCACCGCACGCUGCGCGGCGCCGUGACACGGCACAGCCUCCAGGAGCUGCGACGGGUGCGGCUGUUGACGCAAAGGUGGGAGGAGAGUUCUGAACUGCUGUGUGAUCCGUGUCCUUUGGUCCUGGAUCCCUUGUUUACGGUACAAGAGCUCUACAUCACCUUGAAGGUGGCACGAAAGGACAUGGCUUACAUCACAGGAAAAGGUGUCCUGCUUGGGCGAGUUGGCUUCAAGGAGUUGAUUGGUGAGGGAAUGCCGAUCGCCAAAGGUCUCGGGGCAUAUCAUGACAAGGUUCCGGGGCCACCAUGGGCGGGGCCCACUGGCUGGGUUGCUGUAUGA